ACUCCGACGGCCGUUUCCCGUGCAAUCGGGACAGGUUGGACUAUAGGUGUCGGGCCUGCCACACCUAUAACAGAAGACGCGCCUUUCCGGUGACAUGCAGUCGCGGAAACUAUGGCCGGCUUGUCUGCAGUUCCAGCAAACUAACGCCUGUUGCGGACGCCUUGCCAAACGCGCCUCUUCAACUACGCCGAAAUCCGCCGACUCCUCGCCGUUAGUGUCGUCGACCAACUCCUCCACUGCCGGUGGACGGUUUCCGCCACUAAAACGUGUGCCGCUGCGUGUUGGGAACACGCCUUCUCGCCGCUGGACCAUAGCUUCCACCUCUACGCAUUCGUCACAUGGUGCUGUGUGGAGACGCGACGCCAGUUUCCUCAUGGCAUGGAAGUACUCCUCAACGCUUUCGCUUGCCUUCUGCCGUCUUUCGCGCAAUUGACGCAUGCGCUCGAAUUCAUCGGCGGCGCCUUUAAAACGGGACAGCAUGCUUCGUUUUAGUUCUGGCCAGCUGUCUGCCCGGUGGUCCCUGACGUACUGCCAGUACCACUCGCGAGCGUGCCCAGUUACUAACAGAUGGAAACUGUUUAAUACUUCGGACCAUGCGCAGCGACACUGCCUCUGAAGGAACUCGACCUGGAAAACGAAGUCUUCAACAGCCAUUUUUUCCUUAUCGCCGCUGAAAACGAUGUCCCACUUUUCGACGCGGCACCAUCCGGAUC